AUGUCCAACGAUCGCUCCGAUCCCAUCAACGUCCCGGAUGCCGACCCUCGCCCCCGGCGGGCCUCCAUCGCCGACCUCUUCGCGAAGCAAACCAAUUCGAACAACUCUUCGGGAACUCAGCCCGUCAACUCGCAGCAGGCGAGCCAGCGUCGCCUGUCCAUUACCACGCUCGGUCUAUCCGGCUCUCCCACCCAGGCCUCAACCUUUGGAAAUCGGGGCUUCCGCCGCGGCAGCAUGUCCAGCUCGUGGGGAUCCAAUGCCCCGAAUCCCGAGGAUGCCGUCGCCGAUGACGCAGAUGGAUCCUCCCCCGGCGCCACUCCCAGCUCCCCCUGGGCUCGGCGAGUCUCCUUCGGCGCGCAGGCGCUCCGUGAGGCCCGCGCAGGAAGCAUAGGAAACGGUAGAUACCCUCCCCUCGCUUCUCGUUCUGGUUCUACUUCCGGCCCUCCUUCGUCUGUGGCAGGGGUGCGUCGCUCGCCUCCCUUGGCCAGCGCUAGCUCCAGUAGCGCCACCCCUGCCACCUCUACCCGAUCUUCCGCUGCCACUGCAAGUACCUUAGCUUCUCCACUGGAUGAGAAAUCUAACCCGUCCCGCCGACUAGGCGAAGGUUUCAACUGGUCUGAAGCCCUCCGCUCCCGUGCCGAGCGUGCGCCUUCCAUCGGUGGCCCCGUCUCGCCGCAGAAUCAUUCCGCUCGUCAAUCCAACAACCACCAGCGUGCCGCGUCCAUCGCCUCCAUGGAACAACCUCUGCGGGAGAUCCCCAAGCAGCCGAAGCAGAAUAAACCCGAUUUCUUCCAGGAGAAGAUCUUGCGGGGCGACUUUAUGGACUAG